AAUGAACAAGCGGCAGUGACGUCACCCUGCAGCACCGGACAGGGCGUCCUCCAGGAACAACCGAACAACCGACCGGACUGACACAUCACAUCCAGUGCAAAGCCGCUCAACAUCACAGCUUUCCACUAAUUUAUCACUUAGUCACUUUUGACAGCGCGAUCUUGGAUUAAAAUGGGGAACGUGCAGCCCACCCUUGUCCCAUAUGAGGAUUUUGAUGUCACUGCUGAUAUCAAGGCUAUCAGAAAAGCCUGUAAAGGUCUCGGGACGGAUGAAGAAGUCAUUGUUCAGAUCCUGGCCAAUCGCUCUGCAGCUCAGCGUGUGGCGAUCAAGCAGGCCUACUUUGAGAAGUAUGAUGACGAGUUGGAGGAAGUCCUUAUGAAGGAGCUGACAGGUAGUUUUGAGAAGGCCACCAUAGCCAUGUUGGAGCCUCCUAAUGUUUACUUCGCCAAGGAGCUGAGGAAGGCCAUGAAGGGGGCGGGAACGGACGAAGACGUGCUCGUCGAGAUCCUGUGCACGGCCACCAAUGAGGACAUUAUGAGCUACAAGGAGACUUACGCCGCUGUGCAUGAGCGUGAACUGGAUGCAGACAUUGAAGAUGACACCAGUGGAGACGUGAGGAACCUGCUGACGUCACUGCUGCAGGCGAGUAGAGACGAAGGCUAUGAGGUGGAUGAGGAGUUAGCCGAACAGGAUGCCACAUCUUUGGUUGAGGCAGGAGAAGGCAGAUUUGGCACUGAUGAGACCACCUUCAACUUCAUCCUGACUCACAGGAACUACAUGCAGCUUCAGGCCACCUUUAAGAUCUAUGAGUCGCUUUCAGGGACUGACAUUUUGGACACCAUUAACUCUGAAGCAACAGGAACUCUCAAAGAAUGCUACAUUACUCUAGUCAGGUGUGCUAAGAACCCGCAGCUGUAUUUUGCCCGACGCCUUAAUGCCGCCAUGAAGGGGGCGGGCACUGACGAGGACACGCUCAUUCGCAUCAUUGUAGGCCGCUCUGAGUUCGACCUGGAGACAGUGAAGGACAUGUACCUGGAGAAAUACGACGUUACCCUGAAAGACGCUCUGGAUUCAGAGUGCGGUGGAGACUUUAAACGCCUCCUCAUCGAAAUCCUGCACUAAAACAUCUCUUCUUCUUACAGGCCUGGAACAACAUAUGUAAUAACUAAACAAAAUCUAAUACAUUUUCACUUUACUCUGCAGAAAUUAUUGUAAUUAUUUGCUGCAAUCUGGACACAAUAUGAAAAGAAUAAUUUUCUAAAAUAUAUUACAAACAUGUCAAAAUGAUUUACUACAGAUUUGCAGGGGUUAAGGCAACAUCUGGAAGUUGCAAUUACCAUUAAAAAUAAUUAUGUAAUAACCAAAACAAAAUGGAUGUCUUCAUUCAUAAACAAUUGUACACAAUCAUAACAACAAUGUCCAUUUUAUCCAUUCAAGUAUGAAUCAAACCAAUCCUCCUUGAAACAUGCGCAGGAAGGAGGAAGACUGCUCUGUUAUUAUAUUAUCCACAUAUUACAUUUUCAUUAAAGAAAAUGUCAACUCCUCCAUUUUGUAAUAACCAGUACAAUAUGUGUUAAGUUAUUGCAAAAUGUGUGAAAAUGUUUAGAAAAAUAUGGAAAUUAUUACAUAAUCAAUAUAAAAUGUGUUACCUUUUGUGGAAUUAUUACAUAAUGUGUGGUUUCAAUGCCUUAUUUAACCAAUGGGACAACAUCUCUCCCCACUCAUUCUUCCUCCUCCUCCUCCUCCAAAAACAAAUUACACAGUAUUUUACACAUGGUGAACAUUCAUAGCGUUUAAAUACACAGUUUUGACAAGAACAUUACACUCUUACUGUCAAGGUGCUUUGAAUGUUUCUUAUCCUUUUUUGACAAUAUUAUGACAGCAUUGUCAGGAAUGUGUUAAUGUUAAUGUUUUUAUCUAAAUAAAUAGUGUUUUUUAUUCACACUCGACAGCUUUAAAUAAACAUUUCACAUUUAAGUUGUAGGUCAGCAUAAACGACAUGUUCUCUUAUAUUUGUCACCUUACUCAUUUCUAAUAACUGUAAUAGCCUCAAAUAUGCCUUUCAGAAGAUGAUGGCGAUGCAAUUUAUUUUGUGUUGCAACACUUAAGUGCCGAAUUUGAAAAAGUAGAGGAUUUAAUAUACAUAAAUAAAACCUGAUUUCAUAAGCCUCAACUCUUCAAGUAUGCAGUGUCGGGUUUUUGUAGCUACAUCCCUAGUUUUUUAUUAGGGAUUUUUAACUGUUUGUAGUCUUAUUUUUAAGUCAAAGCUAACAUCCUGCCUCUUACAUUUACACACUUUAUUAGACAGUUUCCUGUUCUCAUUUACUGCAUUAACAUUUACUACAGUUAAACUCCUACAUAAUACAUGUGUAAAACUUGACUUAAUGUGCUUUAAAGAUUAUUAGAUGAUCUUAAUAUUUUUAAAAAACAUAGGUUUUGCUCUAACCCCAUAGUACAAACGCUGAUAAUGAACUACAUGUAUGGAAUUGUAUCUCAACACACUUUAUUCAAAACCAACUAUACUAUAUUACUCUAGCAUUAUAAAUAAAUAUGAUACAUUGUUGUAUUGCCAUAUAGCAAAUGAAGACUAACUUAUAUGAAAGAGGUUGUUGUUAACCUGUUGUAAUGGCAUUAUUAUCCAGUGGUAAUAAAAUAACUUCACCCAAAA